GGACGUGAUGAGCUGUAGAAUAACAUCAGGUUUGGCCAAUAGGCUCGCUGGAGAAAAUGUGUUUAUACCAGCCCCCUUUACCCGUACUAGGCGACUGUUUUUGUGCCUGUGUGGACAUGGUUUGGGAGGUGGUGACCCCAGCUGUGCCGUCCAGUGAACCCAUACAUCACAACGUGCGGCGUUCUGAGCCUGAGGGUGAACACACAGGAGUGAUGAUGGAUGCUGAUGGAGACCAAUCACUGCUCUGCUGUGAGGAACGCCUCCCCUCCUCACCUGGCUUCCCCACCAGUGACAGUUACAUGGAAUACGACGACCUCCCAGACCUGCAGGAGGUUCAGGAGGAGGCGGAGCCAACAGCACCACCUGUCUACCAGGUGGACGUGGUUGUGUCCCACCAGGAGCGACGUGCGCACACCCAGCCUCCUGACACACACUGGCUGACUCAGCUGGCUCACAUCGCCACCGGACCUCAGAGCCCACUGCUACAGGAGUCUCCUCACAGCAGCUCCUCUUCGGUCUGCCUCUCCAGCGCCAGCAGCAAUCUACAUUCCUACUCUCGGCCUCCUCCCCCUCACCCCAGCAGCACCCCGUCGGCCCCCAGAGGUCAUGGCAGGGAGCGUCGGCGCACCAGGAAGAGCAGUGAAUGUGGUUCUGCAGUGUCGACCAGAUCCUCUCUGUCCGAUGACGAAGACAUGGGCUGGAGCUUCUCCUGUCCACCCACGGCCUGGCACUGCUUUCUCAAAGGCACUCAUCUGCGCUUCCACCGCGGCUCUAACGUGGAGUGGCAGGACGUCGAGGACCUGGACUCGGCUCCGGAAGACUCCGGUGAUGAGGAGCAGCCCAGAUCUCUGAAGAGUUACGGCUCUGAGGGUCUGCAGCUGGUGGAGCAUUCAGAGAUCGUGUUGUCCGGUCAGGCUGUCCUACAGCUGACCUUUGACCCCGGGGCAGUCGAACAUGCGCCCGUGACCGCCCAGUGCCAACUUGAUCACCCCUUCUACGUCAAAAACAAAGGGUGGACGUCAUUUCACCCGAGCUUGACCGUGGUGCGUUAUGGGAUACCGUGCUAUGAAAUGGAGGUGGGAGAUGUGUGCCUUCCUCCAGGACACCGAGACGCCAAACACACUGACGACUCACUGGUCUUUGACACAUUCAAGAGUUAUGAUUUCACUCCUCUGGACUCCUCGGCGGUGUACGUGUUGAGCAGUAUGGCCAGACGGCGGCGCGCCUCGCAGUCCAGUGGAGGAGCCGUUUCUCCAGAUAGAGACACAUUACACGACACCCCGAGUCCCGGUCACUCCCACUCUCCUCGUCAAAAGCCAACCAAAAGCCAGCAGGCCAGCACCGCAGGAAGUAAUAAUGCCACGCCCAAUAGGUGCAAGCGGCCAAUGAACGCCUUCAUGCUGUUUGCCAAGAAGUUCAGGGUGGAGUACACCCAGAUGUACCCAGGCAAGGACAACAGAGCGAUCAGCGUCCUCCUUGGGGAGCAGUGGAAGAAAAUGCGAAGUGAGGAGCGGCGGACUUUCACCGUAGAGGCCAAAGCCCUUGCAGACGAACAGAAAAGACUCAACCCAGACUGCUGGAAACGCAAACGAACCAACUCUGGUUGUCAGGGAAAUUAAGAAUGCAGACAAGAAGAGAGAACGACCGACACAGCCUGUAGGAGUACACAACACACACACACACACGCACACACAUACACACCCACAUGCACACACAGAAAUGACAAAGAACAGAGAUGACCUAAUACACUGUUUUAAUAUUAUCUCUUGUUAACAGCAGACCUUUCUUGAUCCCCCACAGUGAGGAUUUGAUUCAGUUUUUAAAGAUUCUCACAAAGAGUAAAAAGAGCAACAGUG